UCUACUGUUGGGGGAAACGAAGCAGUCCUCAGCCCAUUACUAGCUACAUCAACCUCGGGGCUCAAACUAAUUAAAAUUAACACUGCAUUGCACGUCUUGACAUAACCCGUUUCAACAGCGUUGCUCAGAUUAUGGCCUGUUUGGUGCCUGCCGGUGUGAUUUCCACCACAACCCUUCCGCAUUUUCCUGCUGCUCUCGGGCUGUGACGUGUCGUGCUGACGGCGGCCUCGGAGCUGGAGGAGCAUGGGGCUGUAGCAUGACAAGAUCUGGCUCCAGACGUCCUGCUUUGCUUUCAGCCGAGCUCCAGAAACAACCCAUAACCCCUCCUUCUCCGCUCCUCUCCGGCCCGCCCAAAUAACACAAAAUUCCCGACUGAAUCCUGCCCGAGUCUGGGGGAACCAGGCGGCCUGGGAAGCCGAGGUGCGGACGGAGGCCAUCCCUGCAGCAUACAUCUGCGCUACACUAACAAAUGCAGUGCGAGGACAAUGGAUGAGGAUGUCACCAGGCUAUCAAUACAUUCUGAAGAGCCUAAAAUAAUAUUACACGGAUCGGAUGAGGGUGGUGCCGGCGGGCAGGAGUUUGUUGUGGAGCUUCAAGAGACAGUGUUGGUGUCCGAAGGCGAGGGCGAAGGCAUGGCCGUACACCGGUUCGCCCCAGACGAGCUCGUCAUCCAGGACGCUGUUGAGGAUGUGGUGUCUGAGUAUGUGCACUGCGACGAAGAUGAAGACGUAGCAGUGGAAACCUGCGUGAUGGCUCUUGACGGCGAUGAGGAAGGUGUUGCCAUGGGAGAUAUCCAUGACGAUGGGCUGGACCCUGAGCAGCAGGACGACGACCAAGAUGGCUGUGGGGAUUAUCUCAUGAUAUCCUUGGAUGAAGCUGGCAAAAUGGUGUCUGAGGAUGGAACGGAGGUCACAGUGGAGGGAGCUGUGGAGGACCAGGAAGUGGAGAAGGAUGAGGAUGGACAGGAAGUGAUCAAGGUGUACAUCUUCAAGGCUGAUUCAGGGGAGGAUGACAUGGGAGAAUCGGUUGACAUCAGCGACGGAGACACGGAGAGUGUGGCGUUAACAGAGUCUUCAGGCCUCCGAGAGAAGAUGGUCUACAUGUCUGUCGGGGAUUCUCAUCACAAUCAAGGAAACCACGGGGCCGAGGAUAGCGAGAGUUGUGAAAACAGAAACGGCGCCGCCAGUGCUCUGCUGCACAUCGAUGAGUCUGACGGGGUGGAUGAAAUCAACAGACAACGCAACAAAAGCAGGAGACGGUCGGAGCCCCGCCAGGUACAGACAGCCAUCAUCAUCGGCCCGUACGGUCAGCCUCUCACAGUUUACCCCUGCAUGCUCUGCGGUAAAAAGUUCAAGUCACGGGGUUUCCUCAAACGCCACACCAAGAAUCACCACCAGGAUGUUCUGACGAGGAAAAAGUACCAGUGUACAGACUGUGACUUCACCACCAACAAGAAAGCCAGCCUCCACAACCACAUGGAGGUGCACGCUCUGAGCAGCAAGGCCCCUUUCGAGUGUGAAAUGUGCGGCAAGGAGUUCCACCAGCAGGCGGCGCUGUUCUCUCACAGACUGCAGCACCACCACCGAGAGCCCAAGAGCCAGACCCCCACAACGCCAAACAAGAUGCAUAAAUGCAAGUUCUGUGACUAUGAAACGGCCGAGCAGGGGCUGCUCAACCGGCACCUGUUGGCCGUCCACAGUAAGAGCUUUCCCCACAUCUGUGUGGAAUGUGGAAAAGGCUUUCGCCACCCGUCGGAGCUGAAGAAACACAUGCGCACGCACACGGGCGAGAAGCCCUACUCCUGCCUGUACUGCGACUACAAGUCGGCCGAUUCCUCCAAUCUCAAGACGCACAUCAAGACUAAGCAUAGCAAAGAGAUGCCAUACAAAUGUGAGCGCUGUUUCCAGACCUUUGCCGAGGAGGAGGAGUUAAUGCAGCACGGACUAACGCACGAAGAGAAUAAGACCCACCAUUGUGCCCACUGUGAUCACAAAAGUUCCAACUCCAGUGACCUGAAACGCCAUAUCAUAUCCGUUCACACCAAGGACUAUCCACACAAAUGUGCCAUCUGUGGUAAAGGCUUCCACCGCCCGUCUGAACUGAAGAAGCACUCGGUGUCGCACCGGACCAAGAAGCUUCAUCAGUGCCGCCACUGCAACUUCAAAAUCGCAGACCCUUUUGUUCUCAGUCGCCAUAUCUUGUCCGUGCACACGAAGGAGCAACAAGCCUCUCCUGAAAAGAGUGAGUCUAAGAGGACAGAGACACACACUCCUGUUGUGUCACCUAAAAAGUCUUCAGCUAGCGCGUCCAGCCCCACUAGCCAGGCGGGCCGAGUCAGCGCAGCUAGCUUAGCCAGCAGUGUGACUGUAGUCAUUGGCAAAGGACAAAAAGAAAGGAGAAUCUACCAGUGCCAGUACUGCGACUACAGCACCGGGGACGCUUCGGGGUUCAAGAGACACGUGAUCUCCAUUCACACAAAAGACUAUCCGCACCGCUGCGAGAUCUGUUCGAAAGGUUUCCGACGACCCUCGGAGAAGAACCAGCAUAUCAUGCGCCACCACAAAGACGUGGUGCAGGAGUGACUCUGACCGAGCCAAAAACUGUGCCACAACAAAGAACAAUGUUGAAGCAACCACCACACCCCCAAACUCUGCACCCUCAGCCCCGCACACGCCACGCUGAAACAAUGUGGCGUGUGUGUGUGCUGCACUUAGUCCGUUCUGUUGUUUUGCCCUUUUUUUAAUCGUCAGCCUAAUGUUUGUUCAGAUAUGUAUACACAUGUACAUAACAUAAUGCUCUGUCCCAAGUUAGUAACAGAAGCCCUCUGUAGACUUGCACUUUUUACUGCAUGUCCCUUUGCUGGUGAGGGUGUGCAUGGCAGAUUGUGCAGAUGUCUCUUUGUAGAUACACAGGUUUUUAUUUCUUUUGCAGGCAGCAAUCAGUUGUCCAUCACUAUGGUCUCAAUAUGUCUCAAAACUGCGAUUUGCAAAACGUUUGCAUCAUUUUGUCAUAAUGUACUAAACACAGCAGUAUAGUUAGCGUCAUUUCUCCCAGUAGCACUUCCUGGUUAACAUCAUGAUGAAUUCUGUCCAGUUGUGUGUGAUAUGAAUCGUGCGUGAGCGGGCCUGUCACGAUAACUACUUUUACUGAGCCAUAAAUUGUCCCGGAAAUUAUUGUAAUCAACAAUAUUGUGAUUUUUAAAACCAUUUUAUGCCACUUAUAAUUGUAAUAUAUUGUAAUGCACAUAAACAGGAUGUUUAGUCUUUGAAAUAUCAGUUUGAUAAAAUAUUGAGCUAUCUUAAUUAAUUGAACCACACAACCAAGAGUGGACUCUCCGGCUCUGAUAGCUAAAUGAAUUCUUAAAAUAGUAAGGAAAAGGCGCCUUUAAUUCUGGAUAUAAUGUUGAUGAUGAUCUUAUGUUAAAAAACAACAGGUGUAGUGUCUUGGACAUGUGCAUACAUCUUUUGAUAAGUCGAUAUGUAAUUAUUGUGACAGUCCAAAGUGAGAGCGAGCGGAAGAAUGAAUGAAAUGCAAAGCGUCUGCUGUGCUUCCUGGUUCUACGACCCCGUUUUUGUUUGGCUGGUUGUGUGAUCAUUCUUAGCUUUGUACACAGAAUCAUGGAUGUGUCAUGAUAGUGAUUAAAAUCCACAUAUGCACCUCAAUCACAAUGCAACCAAUCCCCCCCCCCCCCCCCUCACUUGCUUAUCAUGUGCUGGUGAUAUUUCAGUUUUAAGUGCCCGAAGCAUUAAAAACGACGCCCUGACUUCAGUGUUUUGAGUCCAAUAAUGCUACCUAGAGAGUGAAAUCCCACUGAUUUCUGUUGUGAUGACCCUUAGUUCUGAUGAUUAGCUUUUCAGGCGGAUGGUUUCUAAUUUUUUUAAAGUCAAUCAUGUCAAUUCAUCUAUUAAAUCACAGCCUUUUCACUGAAAGGUUCACAUCAGCGUCCCACUGUCUGGCCUAUUGGGAAUCAUACAGUGUAUCGGGUGCUGCUGUUCUUAAAACUAUGAACUGAAUCUUUGGUUUUUGCCCUCACAGAUGUAUUUUUGCCAGCAGAAAGGGAAAAGGUAUAUCUUUUUAGAUGCAACUUCAGAAGACAGGUGCUGGUGGUGUACUUGUACUAUGGCUUUUUACCCUUUUGUUAUCACCUGUGAUUAUUCCUGUUUUUAUAUUUAUUUCAUUUACAAGUUGUUGUAUAGUUAAAUGUAACUAGACUUCUAUGGGACGUAAAUUAUUGUUUUGUAUACAAAUCUGUACAAAGCGUGUAGAUGUAAACACUUGAUAACAAGGAAAUCUGAACUGUGUUGUUAUGGAUGUACUUCAACGUAUUUGUUAAAAAAGUAAUAAAAGCAAAGUAUUUUA